AUGUAUUUUCCGACGGGAUUCCUUUUUGCGUGUCCGAUUUUGGGUUGGGAAUUGGGAGCGAAUACGAAUUAUCAUGUUGUCAUAACUCAAUUAUAUCCGGGCAUUGAUCCGAUGAUUGUGCUGUUGUUGAUUAGCGAUUAUCGGAGAUCGCUGUGGAGUGAGUGGGGAUGAGGGAGGAAUGCGGAAGCCUGGCCGCUUCCGCGCUCGAAUUUGAGCUGAAGCCUGGACCUAGCCGCUUCGCGGAAGAUAGUGCCGCUACGCGGAAGCUUGCGGUCUAGACUCGCCGCAGAGCCGCUCGGGAUUAGCUCUAGGCUUAGGCCAAGCCUCUGGGCUCAAGUUUCAAGCCUAGAUCCGGCCGCUUCGCGGAAGCUUGCGGCCUAGACUCGCGGCAGAGCCGCUCGGGGCUACCUCUAGGCUUAGGCCAAGCCUCUGGGCUCAAACUUCAAGCCUAGACCCGGCCGCUUCGCGGAAGACAGUGCCGCUACGCGGAAGCUUGCGGUCUACACUCGCGCUUCCGCGCUCGAACUUAACCUAAAUCCCAAAAUUUUCCAGACAUAAUCUGCCUCCGGAAAUCGCUGCGACCCGGAAAUAAUUCCUACACAAAUGCUGCUGGAACUUCUCGAAUCACACCAGCCACCACUUUGGCUUCAACUGAUAAUUAA